AUGUCAAAAAGAUUGUUAUUAGUGAGUGGAUGUUACGAUGGAGGCCUCGUAGGCCUUGAAUGUACAGCUGAUAAUCAAUCGCAAUCAGUUCAAUUCAACCCUUUAUUCAAAUUCCUUGCACAUCAAGGUUCUGUCAAGGCCAUUUCGAUUGGAAACGGAAUUCUAGCUACGGGCGGGACUGAUGAGACUGUUUGUUUGUAUGAUAUUAACAAGCGUGUGACAUAUGGCUCCCUUCAGAUAUGUAGGGGUACAAUCACAGCACUAGCAUGGCAACAUGAAUUAUCUAAGGUAAAAAAAUUGCUAGUAGCUACAAAUACUGGCAAAAUAUAUCUGUUUAGAGCACAUGAUUUGGAAGAAAUUUGCGAGUUAAACGCACAUGAUGAGCAAAUUCUAGAUAUGGCAAUUCAUCCAAAGGGAAAAGUAUUUAUUUCACUGGGUAAAGAUUCAAAACUUAAGUUAUGGGAUUUGACAACUAAUCUAUGUGUUUAUAACACAACCCUUAGCAAUUAUGCCUCUUCAAUAACAUUCUCAGGUAGUGGUAAUAACUAUGCAUUCAUAUCUGAUCGUAACUGCACAAUAUCAAGUGUGACUGACCAAUUUAAGCCAAUAGGAAUAACUACCACCGACGUACUAACUUGCAUUACUUUUAUUGAAGAUGAUACAGUACUAUUGGGUACUAACAAUGGUAGUAUUUUGGCCUGUCUGUUUUUACAAAGUAGCACGCCGCGCAAUCUGAUUAAACAAGAAUGUCGUCUUAAAUCUCUAAAGGUCUUCAAUAUGAAUAAUAACACAAUCGUACUUGCAGCUAACUCUAAAGGAGAUAUUUAUUGUUGGAAAUACAUCAACUUAGAACUAAUUCAAAUCGGUUAUUUUAAGACUGAAACCAGACUUAUUACUAUGCAGGUUUCACACAUGAAGUGA